UGAGGGGCGCCGUUUUUUAGGCGUAGGUUUUGUAGUUUUUGUUCCAGCUCAAAUGCCGCAAGGUGGAGCGUCGCAGGGGUAGAACAAGAGAGAGAUCGUCAAUGGAAUUACAGGAGAGUCUGUGAUUUUGUUGCUGGAAUGACCAAUUGAGCUUCCGAAUGGGAAUGGCCGAUUUGGCUGUAACCGGCCGUUUUACGGUCAUGAGGUGAACCGCCGGAUAGAUGAUGGCUGGAGGAGAUGGAAUCCUCGCAGAGAUAUUGGAGCUCCCUCGAGAAGAUCGGCAGAUGAAGAGCAAAGGAGAUUGGAUAUAGGAAGGCCAUGGAAUGGACAAUCCCGAUUUCAGGCAACGAAGGGAACCAGUGAGCUUCAGGCAAUGGAGGUCAGACCAUUUGUUCAAAUUGAAAGUAAAACUUUUGCUUUGACUUGGUAAACUCCGAAUUACGCAUUAGCCAAAACAAAAACAAUCAAAGUUGUUAUAUUCUUUUGGGUAUUGAGGGGUUAAUUUGGCUGUGUGACUCUCUUAGUCAAAUCCAAUCUGAGAAUAUGUGUACUUUCACGAGAUAUGAAGGUUCCAGUAAAAUUCAACUAUUUUAUGGGAGAAAUCAUUUUGGUGGAUAUAUUACUUUGGUUGAUAUGGGCAUUAAAGGAAGAAAUACUUUAGUCAUUCCUGAAGGACGGAAUGGAAAAGGGAUUUCUCUUUUUCUAACGGGGAUUAAAAGAGCAACCGCUUCAUUAAAGGAAUUUGUUACCAAGCAACCAACAUUUGGGCAUGAUUCAGGGGAGGUGUCGGAUUCACAUAUCCUUGAGUUUGAUUUUCUGUUAAAUGGGGAUAAUAUUCACUCUGGAGAGUAUGAUUUUUCCAUUUCGAGCGCUUUAUUUCAAGUCGAUAUAGAGCAUAUAACUUCUUUGGAGAGGGUGGUCGUAGGGGCUGAUGUGGAAGUCUUUGAGGAGGCGAUCAUUGAAAAUGUUCGCGAUGAGGAGGUAGUUAUUGAUAUUAUUCCUCGCCAGGUCUCUUUCCCAUAUCAGAAUAAGAUAUUUAUUUUUUUUGAGGGUGUUUCUCAAGCUAAAGAUAUUGAUAAUAUACUUGAAACUACUCCUUUUCGAGUUUCUUAUUCACCUCACUCCGAACUAUUAGUGGAUGGAUUAGUUUCUCCUCAGACAGUAGUUUUGGAACCUAAUGCUUCGGGUGGUAACAAUCUUGAAGUUACGCCUGUUCAAAUGACACUUUCUGAUCGUGAGCUACUUGACCGCGUUGCUGAUGCUGAAUGGGACUCAGCCUGUUCUAGAUUGCUACCUCGACGCAGUGCCCGUCUCAAGGCUAAAAAAAUUGGCUGAAACAUAGGGUCAUUUCUGCUUACAGGAUUAGCUUUUGGAUAUUUUGGGGACUUCAUCUCUUUUGGGUAACUCAGUACAUCUCAACGAGGAGCUAAGCGUUUUACUUUGGGGAUUUGCAGGGCCUUUUUGGAUUAUUCACUCAUUUGCGUUCUUGUUUCUUUUUUCAUCUUUAUGUACUCUUCUUAUUUACUUUUAAUAAAAUUCUGCUUAUUCAAAAAAAAACUCUUUCCCUUUCAUUCUAAAAAGAAAACAAAAAAAAGAUAAUAAAGUCAUUGACCAAUGCAAAGAUAUAUUCAUUUUGGAUGUAUAUCAUUUUGGAUAUCAAAUAUCAUUCCCUUGAUCUACUUUUAGCUUUUGCCUUAGAAUCACUUAAAUUAAGCAAAAGCAUUACUUGAAGCUGGGGUUUUGCAGGAUCUGGGAAUAGAGUUUUCUGCCAGACUGGCAAUAACCAGAACAUGUAUGUUGGGUGUUACGUGUAGUAAAGAACAUGAUGUUAGCUAGUGCGAUGAAUGCUUAAUAGAGAUUUUAUUCCGACGGGUAAUAUGUAGUGAAGAACUUGACAUGGCA